ACAACAUAAAGAGUUGUGAGGGCCAAGCUGAGCGUCGGAGAUGUUGAGGCGACUCUCAAUUGUGCUGGUAUGCAGUGUCUUGGUCCAGGGAGCCUGGGACCAGUCCAAGUGCGACUGUUGCGAUGAAUAUACAUUGCGGGCGUACGCAGGCGAGCUGAACCGCCACUGUUUUCCAGCUGCACUCUUGCGGGAGAAAGAGGACGUCAUUAUAGGAGAGGCGUUUGAUGGAAGUCCGUCUGUUCCGCAAGAGGCUUUGCAGAUCCUUUGUGCAAGUGCAUUGUGCAGAAGCAGUGUCCUUCGGUACUGGGCCCGGGUCCGUGGAUGCUCAGAAAGCAGCAAGUGGAAGCGAUAUGGAUUUGCCUGGGCAGCGGCGAAGGUUCGAUGCAUGCGACUUUCCCAGGAGCAAGAUCCAAUCCAGCAGUACCAGGUCCUGAUGCAGGCAACAUUUAGCUGCGAAAGGUCACAGGCCAUGGACUCUGGAAGUCUUGAAGCUACGUCAGCAGCAAUCAAAGAGGCGCUGCUGCAGAGCAUGAGUUCGUCUCUGGACUCGGAGGAUUUGCGGGUCCAACUUGCCAUGGCAGCAUAUGGUGCCCCGAUUGGCAGACCUCUGCGCUUUCAGCUCGCAACUCCACAGAAAACGAAAUGCCCGAAAGUGGUGACGACCUUCCCCUGGGAUGGUGAAAUCAAGGUGAAGUCUGAUCUGGAGUACUUCGUGCUGCACUUUGACCGCUGUGUGAGGCUGCAAAUGGAACACUCAGCCACCCUUUUUGGAAGAGGCUCGGCGGCUGAGCGCAAUGCAUCACGCCGCCUCAGCAGUGUGGAAGGAUUCAAGCACCCAGCUCUAAGUGAUGAAGUGUGUGCAGAAGAAGUGAUCUCUGCAUCACUUCCUGUCUCAGAGGCUCAAAUGCCUGGGAGAACUCUAAUCUUCAAGCCAGACCAUCCACUUGCUGCCGGGUGCUGCUACAGAUUCCAUCUUGACAUGGAGGCGGCGGGAUCAUGCAACUCUCAGACUGCGCUGUGUGAGGACCUAAAGAUUGAUUUCUGUGUCGAGUGGCCUCCUCCUCAACCAGCAGUAAGACUUGAAGAUGAUCGCCUACUUGAGAUCAGCUUCUCUGUCGCCGUGGAGCUUAAUGCCAGCAAUGAGCGCAUUUUGCUGGAAGCCGGUCCUGAAGAAGGUGGUGGAGAGGUGGUGAAAGCAUGGCACCUUCUACAAGCUAGCAAGCGCCUGUUUUGGCAGCUGGAGUAUGGGAAUCUUACUCAUCAAGAGGUGAAGGAUAAUGACGAUGGAACAGGUACAUCCAUGGGUGACCAGGUGUACUGUGCGUACGCAAAGUAUGGGCAGGAGGCCCGAGGGCAGCCUUGCAAUGACCACAGAAGCUUUGAAGUGGAUCUUUGCACAGAGAUUGGCAAUUGUCCAGAUGGUCAACAACUGCCUUGCGGCAUGAUUCUAAAUGUUGUUUUUCCUCAAGGGCUGGCCAUCAGCGAAGGGGUUCACAGCCUGCAGACGACCAUAGUUCGAUAUACACGCCCUUGUGAUCCUCCACAGCUUCUAAAUUCCUUGAGGCUCAGCAACGAUGGCCGCACGCUCUUCUUCUCGUGGUCAUUGCCUGCUUUGGUGGCCGACCCGAUGGCUGCUAUUUCACUCUGCCGUGGAGAUCAGCCUUCAGCACAAUGCCUGCUUGAAGGUGUACCCAUUUCAGAUCAACGUGUGAUUCCUUGCAUCACUGGACCAGACAGCUGUACGGAGUGGUCCUUGGAUGUCACGGAUGCAGGCAAAGACGCCUGCGGUCAGCUCAGCCUACGGGUGGAGGAAGGAGCUGUUCGUGCAGUCAGAAACGAGCACAUCACGUCCCAUGAAAGCCUUGCAUCAGUAUCGCAUCCCAUUCCGUGCGGAAGUUUCGAUGAACCUUCCAGGCCAAAAUGCCUGGAACUGAACGACCCUGUUGUCCUUGAGCCAGGCCAGUCCAACUUGAACUUUCAAGUCGACCUACGUGGAGGACACAUUGACGUGGUCACAGCAGACUCCAGAAGCAGCUUUUUGGGUGGAUUGCGAAAAGGGGCAAAGGAUACACCUUGCGCAAUCAUUCCAAAGGUUGCAAUGAAGUUUUGGAAUGGCGCGGAGCGGGUCCUUUACGAAUACGUUCGUCAAGGAGGUCAGCUCUAUGUCACCGGUGGCCACCACAAUCGAGAGAUCCUCAGAGAUGUUUUUGGCUUGGAUGUGCAACAUGGCCAUUCGGGCAACGUACAGCACUUGCAGAAGCUAGACGCGAAAGGAAACAGCGUGAGCGGGCCGAGUUUCAGCCAAUUGCAGCAAUGUUCAAGUCACUGGCUGAGAGAGCUGCCAGUUCUGAAUGCGAUGAGCUCUGUAAAAUUUUCAUCCCUGAGAGCAAACCACUUCAGUCACGAAGUGGCAGCGAUUGGCAUGUACUCAGCUGAAGAAACCUUUGCAGAAGCCAACAGCUUUAGCGUGGUGGAAGUCACAGUCGGCACAGGUUUGAUGGAAUACUUUGCCUUUGACUGGUAUGAAAAUCUGCAAGAAGACAGACGCCCAUGGGCAAUGCAGCUAGCAUUGCUGGCAGAAUGUAACGCAAAACGACGAAGCGCACAAUCAUUCCUUGGUGCCAGUCAGAGCGUUGGGGGACCGCAGGCUUCAGCAGCUGAAGCCUACAGGCCUGCAGCCAAGUACACCGAGAGUGCUCAGACUGGUAGUCAGGAAGUCGUCAGCGGCAGCUCGCAGCCUUACAGGCGUCCAAGCAAGUACGCCGAGAAUGCGCAAAGCGAUGGCCAUUUUCAUUUCGGGCCUGCUGGACAGCAACCUGCCUGGCAGCCAGGAGAAUCUCAGCCUCGACGCUUGGAGGCUUUAGAUGCGUGGAAAGCAGCAUCGCCCCUAACUGGCGAUCCAGUCGAACCAGAUCUGGAGGUAUCUAUUGCGGUGGCUUGUGACGCAGGGGAGAGGGCAGCAAAUUGCGACGGAUUGAGAGAUGAGAUGCUGCAGACUCUGCUGACACCAGAUUCAGAUUUCUACACGAGCUUGGCUGACAAUGGGAUGAAGUUGGAUCUUUCACACUUCGCGCCGCCUCACGUCAUCAAGGUGCUGUCGGAGUGUCCAUCUCUUCAGCGCAUUGAGGAUGCAGUGCUCACCAUGAAUGCUGCUUGCGGUUUUCGUGCAAGUCAUGAGAGCAAGUUCAGUGGCUCCACUGCGUUCUUGCGAGAACAUGUGAUUCAGUCCCGCUUGGGGGUCGAAGUUUUGACCGAAAAGUUGCGGAAGCAGGUCUGUCACAGACCUGUGUGCAGAGGGCAUGUUUUGCGCUUGCACAAGCUCUUGGCUGGAUGUGGUGAGGGUUCAGGCCACAAGAGUGUCAUUGCCCGAAUCGUGACAGCUGUUGACACCAGCAUCGAUUCCUGUCUUGAGGUGCACAGCGCUACUCAAGGAGAUGCCACGCACUCUGAAGUUGCGUCAGCCGGAAGUGCAGUGGGUGUUUGGUCGAGUGAUAUGAGUGAAGUCAAUCAUGUGCUGGUCAAGGGCAUCGACACAGGUAGCCAGGCUGAAAUGCGUGCUGUGGAGGAUGCUGUCUCCAGGAUAUUGGCAGAAGACUUGCAACUUCCAAUGUUUGCCUUUGAAGAGCGGGGCGGCAGCUUUGCGGACAUUUUUGAUCCACUUUUGGGAGGUCCCAACGUGCUCGCUGUUGGGGACGCAAAUCUCCGAGUUGCGGCUAGCAUCACUCCAAUUCAAAGCAGUGAGCCCUUUGAUGAAGCAGUUGGAAUUUUUGAGCAGAUUGAGGAAAAAAAUAUGCCAGUACGGCAAAACCCAGAGUUCAACAACCAGCACAAUCUUCAAAUGUUGGCUAUCCAGCCAGAAUGGAAUCAGCAAGACGUGGAUCCUUCCUUCGCUAGAAUCCGCAUCAUAUUCGAGGACAUUGUUGCUAAAGACGACCUGUCAGCAAUCAUUAGAAUAAUUCCAGCUGCACUGAAAGAUGUUUGCCUUCGCCAAGAGCUAGAUGUGGACGAUACCUUUCAGUGGCAAAUGUUCCCGCAUGACACCGGGCUUGGUUCCUUGAGGCCUGCCAGUGUGGGCGUUUCGACAGAUGCGGUCCAGGGAGUUCCAAUUGGAUUUUUUUGCCACAAAAUUACCGUUGGAGAUGAUGCCCGUGUAUUGGCAAGUGGGGAGGUCCUUCAGAUCGAGUUGGACCAUCCCUUGCUGCGCAACACCGAAUAUGUGGUUCUUCUUCCACCACGCGUUGUGAAAGCUGCUAUGGGCAGCACAAAGUUUCCUGGAGCUUUGUGGGACGGGUGGCCAAACGAAGAAGGCCAAGGAAACCAGGAAUAUGUCUUCACAACUGGCGUGCCAAGAGCCUCAAAUGCAAGGCUUUCAAUUGCUGUAAGUUGUAGUUCGGAAAAGGAAUGCGAUCGUCAGAGGGCGCUGGUCAGUGAACAAGGCAUGCAGGACCUUUCCAGUCGAGCUCUGUGCUUCGCUGCUUGGUUUCGCUGUUCCCAGGAUCCAAUCUCCCAGAAACACUGUGAAGCUCCCCAUGAUAUGAGCUGGUGCAACGUCCAUGGAAACUGGGCUCCGUCAUGGGCUCCUGCAAGUCAUCGGGAGGAGGAUGUGCAGUUGAGCGGGGUGCCUGAUCAGGCUGUCUCAGAGGUGCAAUCGAUCAGCCUGCCAUCAUGGGUCUACAUCAUCGCUUUGGCCUGCUGGGUGCAAGGGACUUUCGCAACGCUGCGAGCAGCUUGGUGGGUCAGCGACAGUUACACACAAAGCCGUGAUUUCGACCCAUAUAUAGCCCAGGGACUUCGGAGUUUGCCUAUCAAAGCUUGCGCGGUUGCGAUGGCAAUUCCAUUUCUUACAGGUCUUUUGGGUGCGUUGAUGGCUGUUCCCCUCUUCCGUAUUACAGUACACAACUUGUGGCGCCAUGGAGCCGGCAGCGCCAAUGCUCUGGCAGAUGUGAGCCGUUUACAUCAUCAGCUGGCCACCGCAUUUGCAGCAGCAUUUUGUGCAAGUGAGGCUAUCACUGUUGUUUUUGCCUACUGCCUUAUCGCGUACUUUAAGAAUUGGGCAGCCGACAAGGGGCAGAAAGUUGCAAUAAGUGCGCUUUGUUGCGCGGCAGCUGGCGCAGCUGGAAGUGCUUGUGGAUGGGUUGGCGCGUCUGACUUCCGGCAAAUGACAAAUCCGUCACUGGGACUUGCUUGGGAUUUGGUUGUGCUUCUGGCUAGUGCUGGCUUUGCCCAGCUUUUGUCUUUGACGUUGGUACCCACUGCAAUCUUCAUGGUCCUUUGCGAAAUGCCUGGGAUAGGAGAUAUCCUGACACACGCCGUGAAGUUCCAGUUUUUUCAGUGGCAAGAGUGGUGGUUUGGAAGAAGUGCCGGUUCAGGUGUGUGGUCGCAGCUGGUCCUCCUUGUGGCCGACAUCGAAAUAGACGAAGGAUUCAUUUCUGAAAUGCUCAAUAUGGGCAUGGAUGACGGGCACUUGUUUCUCAAGUUCUACUGUCCUGACACUCCGCAUGAUGUUUCUCUCACACGGAGCCAUGCUGUUCGAUGGGGAGGCGACAACCAUGUGCCCCAGAAAUUCGAUGGUGAGGACAUCUUCGUCAACUUCACGGACCCUUUCACACUUCUGCGCGUCGACGUGAUGUUUCAAGAGGAGACCUCCACUCGACCUGAGUGUGUAGCAACUACUACUUGGGACCCAUGGUGCGCAGCGCUUCUAGAGAAGUUCUUUCACAAUUCUGAAUUGUGCAGCUCAAAUGCCAUUGAUGGAGACUUUUGGAACCCGAAGGAUGUGUUCUAUCCUGAUGGACGCCCAAAACAUGGUGUCUUCUUGAAGUUGGAGUUGAAUCUCACCCGACAUCGAACGGAAUGUGCACCAGAAAUGGGGGUGCUCAGGUUUCAUGCUACGCACAUGGGUGGCUUCGGUGGAACACGGAGAACUCGUACCGAACCCUGGACCAAGCCUGAAAAAUCCAUGACGCUUGGGGACACCAUUCACAGAGAUUGGAUUCUUCGAAGGCGGCAUAUCGUUGAGGUGGAAAAGAAUGAUUUCACAGAUGGUCGAUUUCGCCGAGACCCAGCUGAGGAGGAAGAAGAGAGGAGGCAGUUGGCUCAUCGACAUCAACAUUCCCACCAAGGGGAGCAUGAAUCUUCCCCUCAUUCAGCCAAUUCCUUCGCGACAUUGCAAGGGAAUGCUGAAGGCAGAGGGCGCCCUCAGUACGUGUCGAUACGUCCGACCUCAGAUGACUUCAUCCAGCAGAGGAUCUCACCUCGAUCGGGUCGUAGCCCUGCACGAACAUUGGAGCCAGGAAGGGAUGCAAGCCCAAAUGGCCACGGCGACUGGCUCAAUGACACCUUGGAAUCUAUAGGGCUGUGAUGCCCACUUGCUUCCAGUGCGGAGUGCAGGCACUGAGCAAGAUAGGUUCUCAAUUAGGUACCCUUUUUUGUACACCGGAAGAUUGAAGCUGCCGCUAGAUCUUGGAAGCUUUUACACCUACCAGGUGUGUUUGGGUCACAUAGUCGUGGUACUGCCUGGCAUGUGUC